AUGUAUCCCUGGAAAGACGCCGUCGCAACGUGGGCGGGUGCAACACAGCUUCGCAUCGACGCGCUUGGCAUCGUCACGAUGCUAGGGGCUGAAGAAAUCAAUGCAAGUGUCGGCCGCCUACUGCCCAGCCGCUACGUCGAGUUCCUCCCUUAUCUCGGCGCAUUCAUACUAGCAGGCGACCGCUUUCGGACCAAGCCGCCCGGCUUCACAGUCUACGAAAUGAGUGGGGGUGUCAAAUCUACCGAGCUCUCUGGCUGGUUCGCUCGAUGGCUCAAAGCACAAGACUUCCAUCAAGUUCAUCAUCGGGUGGACUGGGAAGUCCUCGACGCUUCUGCUCAACGUGCCAUCGGACAGAAACUGAGACGCUCUAAGGUCAUGUCUCUCUGCAUUGGUUUCAUUUUCAACGGUAUUCUCGUUGCAGCAUCUAUCCUCGCAGGAGACUGGUGGGGGUUCGCCAAUGUUUUAUCCAUGGUUUUUUCGGUCGCGGUGAGAGUGUUUCUCCUGCACCAGAACCGCUGCAGCAUCGACAAUGCAGUCAUAGAUGUGACAAGAACCAGUGGUAAUCCUCGCAAGAUCCAGGAUGAAAGUUCACCGGAAUCUUCAAAUGGCUCGAAACCUGGUCUCAACGUGAGUGGGACUAUCAGUCCGGCUACGCAACGUUGCGAUUCUCUCCAAAACAAUACAAAAUCGUCCUCUGAACUGGCGAGAGCUAUCAUCGUCUUGGAUGACUCCAAAUGCGUCUACAUGGAAGCACCAAAGCGCUUGAUGGCAACGGUCUUCGCUAAGCCCCUGGAGGUUCCGAAUACGUGGGCGUAUCGGGCUGUGCGCUACAUCGGAUGGAUUGCUUUUGCGGUGCAAGUCAUCUCACUCGUCGUCAAGCUUAAUGCGGUGCUAUCCCAAGGCGGCCCCAACAACGGCAAGCUUUGA